GUUAGGUACUUUCCUCAUUCCUCCCCUUUGAAAAGCAGUCUUCUCCUCUGUCUAAUUUGUGGUUUCUGGUCUAAAUUUUCAGGUGGAGAAGUCUCUUCUCUCCGUUUGUUCAUAAAACCCCAUCUAUCCCAUACAUCCUUUCUACAUCUCCAUAUAUAUCAUCUAUCUAUCCUCUCAAAACCCUUCAAAACUUCACACUCUCACACCCAUCGAUCCAUCUAUCUCUGUAAUACAAAUGUCCCACCACUCAUCCCCCUUUCCCUCUUGCUUCCGCCCCUCUCCCACCACCCCUUCUACUGACAAACGCCUCCCUCCACCAUCACCACCGCCGCUGCCGCCGCCGCCACCUACAACAUCUGGCAAUCCUAACCUCGUUACUUGCCUCUACCAAACGGAGCUUGGCCUCUUCUCUCUUACUUGGUCUCGUACCUUCCUUGGCCACUCUCUCCACCUGGAUCUCCACCCUGCAGAUAGCACCAACUGCUCUCCGUUAUAUCUCUCCAAACCACCUUCUCUUUCUACCCUGUCUUUCCACCUCCAUAUCAAGCCCUUCAUUUUUUGGAAAAGACAUGGAUCCAAGAAAUUACAUAAUGUCAACCAAGAAGCCAACGCCUCCAGAGCUCCAAGAAUCCAAAUCUUUUGGGAUCUGUCUAGGGCCAAGUUCGGAUCCGGCCCCGAACCCCAAUCGGGUUUCUACAUCGCUGUAGUUGUUGACCGAGAAAUUGUCCUUCUUGUUGGCGAUUUGACCAAACAAGCUUGUGCAAAGACUAGAGCUAAACGGCCAGAGAGAACCCAAGCUCUUGUUCUUAGGAGAGAGCAUGUGUAUGGCAACAGGGUAUACUCCACGAAAGCCAGAUUUGGAGGCAAAAACAGAGAUAUUUCAAUAGACUGCACGGUGAAUAGUGACGCAAGAUUGUGUUUUAGCGUUGACAACAAGAGAGUUUUGCAGAUAAAGCGUUUGAAGUGGAAAUUUAGAGGAAACGAGAAGAUUGAAGUAGAUGGGGUACCUAUACAGGUCUCAUGGGACGUCUACAAUUGGCUGUUUGAGGAUGUAAACGGUGGCCAUGCAGUGUUCAUGUUCCGAUUCGAGACUCCAGACAUUAAAGACGAAGAAGAAGAACAAGAAAGAGAAACUGAAAGUUCUGAAGUAUGCGGUGGCCAAGAUGGGAAAAACGGUGUAGUUCCAUGGCAACAAAAUUCCUGUAAUAGUUUUGGAAUGAGUGGAAUAGAAUGGAGGAAGAUGAGAAGGAGCUUGAUGAGGACGACAAGGAGCUCAUCUUCGUCGUCGAUUUCAAUGUCAUCGGCAUCUUCAGGUGGCGGCUCUUCAUCCAUAAUGGAAUGGGCUAGCACCGAGGAGAACGAGCUGAGUGCCCCUGUUGGCUUCUCCCUACUAGUUUAUGCCUGGAGAAAAUGAAAGAUUUGUGGCUGCAAGAAAAUUAUGGGUUCUCGUUCUCUCUUCUUUAAUUUUCCGCAUGGUUGAUGUAAUGAAAUUUCCAAGUUAUGGGCCAAAUAGUAGAGGACAAGAAGCAUGUGAGGUGGGUCAAUUUCUCGGGGGGUGAAAUUGAAUACCAAUUUCGUACGAUUAUAGAAUCCAAUAUUGAAGCAGCUGUGAGCCGUGAAUUCAGCUGAACAAGCUUUGGAUCACACAAUAAAGUAGGUUUAAUUUGCAACCUUGGACUUGGACAUGGUUUAAACAACACAACAUUAUAGUACCUGAUGGAAAACGGCACCGAAAUAGGUUUUUUUUUUUUUUAAGACUGUAGAACAAUUUCAUUUGACCGCAUGAGUCUUGUCUUCUUCUGCUAAGCUUCGCCCUCUCAUGAGUCUAUCUAAUCUCAUAAAUUAUUACCAUUGUUACUUUUUUUUUUU